GAGCCAAAUUAAAGGUAAAUAAUAGACGGCUUUCACAGUGAACGGACGUGCAUAGAGCCUGCUCUGUUAUGCCAUUAUAGUGACCUGGCUGCCCCGAUUCACUAUUCAGUCAAUAGUGUAGUAGUGAAGAAACAAGUGCUCUCGCGCGAGGUAUCUGAUGGUAGUGAACAACCAUUAGUGAAGUGUAUUAACUGUGAUAUUCGUAGCAAUCGGUCAAAAGUGUGAAUUUAUCCCUCGAAAAUUUGUUCUCCAAAUCUCCUUCUCAAAUUGCGUCGCAUUGAGCCAUGAAACAGCCAAGUUGUAGAUUUUGUCCUGAGUUUUGCCCGAGUGCAUGAGCCGAGAGGUGUAGCCAUAGCCAUCGGGCGCUCGCAAGGAGACGCCGAGUGAUACCCCGCGUCGGCCGCGGCAGUUGAUAUAUUUUCUCGAGCCGCGUAGAACUGCCCGACACGGCAGCUCGCCUAAACAACCGGCAAGCUGGAUUACUACAGCAGUGCAGCUCUUAAACCUGCAGCCAUGCUUACGCUGGAUCCUUCAGACCUGAAGCAGAGUGCCUUGCACUCUUCUCACUUACCUCCACACUCCUCUCACUCACUGUCUCACAAUCACCACUCGUCCAUAACUCACAAUCAUUCACACGCUCACAACCACUCAUUGUCACACCAUGUGACGCACCAGUCCCUCUCUGCCCUCAAUUCUUCCCUCACAUCGGCAUUACAUUCGCCGCCACCAUCCCUGGGCAGCGUAGGAAGUAUGAGUUCCCACUCUCCUCCUCAAACUCAUGUCCCCAGCUCGAAUAACAACAACAAUAAUAGUACUAACAAUAAUAACUCUAACAAUAAUAACAACGGAACUCCCAACAACACGUCCACCAACUCGAAUAGCAAGAGCGCGGCCGCGAACGCUGCUGCAGAACGCGUCAAGCGACCCAUGAACGCCUUUAUGGUUUGGUCCAGAGGGCAAAGACGUAAAAUGGCCCAAGAAAAUCCCAAGAUGCACAAUUCAGAAAUUUCUAAGCGCCUUGGAGCGGAGUGGAAGUUAUUAACAGAGUCAGAAAAACGACCUUUCAUCGAUGAAGCGAAGAGACUGCGCGCUGUGCACAUGAAGGAACAUCCAGACUACAAGUACAGACCGCGAAGGAAAACCAAGACCCUGAUGAAGAAAGACAAGUACCCCCUAGCCCCCGGUCUACUGCCCUCAGACCCCUCACGUCCUCCUGUUCAGCAAGUUACUAGAGAUAUGUACAACAUGACCAAUGGAUACAUGCCCAACGGAGACUACUCUGACUAUGAUCACGUGGUGCGGUACUACUCGCCUUGGAAAGACGGUUACGGAUACGACAGCGCAGCGGCAUACGGCAGCCAAACCUACCCCUACAUGACCGGUCAAGUGUACGGAGGAUAUGACAUGUCCCGAGGCUACUCACCAACCGCAGCCAGCCCUCCAUCCUACAUGAACGGCACCUACAGUAGUUCCAUGUAUGCAUCAACACCUUCACCUUAUUCAAUGUCCCAGAUGGCAUCGAUGACAUCAGUGGGUUCGCUGGGCUCUUCAGCCUCCCACUCGCCCACUCCCAUCAAGUCUGAGACUCCCACUCUACCCGUCUCGUCCCCGGGCGCCACGAUGCCUGCUAACGUCCCUACUUCGGUGCACCACUCCUCCGCUGCCGCUGCUGCCGCGGCAGCGGACUACCAGUGGUCUCAAGAACGUCAGGAGCAACAGCAAAAGGCAGCAGCAGCGGCAGCCUACAUGAGUCACGCUCAAUAUCACGCGCACGCUGCAGCGGUCACAUCCUCCCACGAUCCUAUGAGCGCGGCGGCGCCCAUGUCUUUAGCGCACAUGUAACGGAGGAUACUAGGACUUCUCUACAAUAGCUUCUCCUACUCCUACCGCUACAAUCACACAUUUUUCUCUGGUAAUAAUAAUCAUUCUAUUUCUUUGGUGCCACAUUUGUUCUGAAAGUAUUUUUGGUGGAAAAUUCUUAAUUUGUUUGCAAUGUUACCGUGUGAGCUAGUUGAUUGUUAUCCCUACACCAGAUGAUUUUUUUGUUGUUGUGAACAAUAUUCACGGGCUUCUUAUUAUAUUGAUUCCGAUAUGAAGAGCUAGAACUCUUUGCCUAAUAAUUGAAAAUUAUUCUAGAUUAUUAUAUUGGUGCUCUAACACCAGCGAAAAUUCACCAGGAAAAAGUAAAAAUUUAUGAUUGGUUUAUUGUAAUUCAUUGUUUCGAAUGUAAACUUUCGCCUCUCAUUGCAACAUUUUGCAACGAGUAAGGCCUUUUUUUCGGAAUGUAAGUACCAUUUGAAUAGUGAGGUAAUUAUUGCUAAUAUUAUUAAAAAUUUCGUUGAUUUUAUCCGUUGAUAACAAAAUCUGUAAUACAUUGCUCAUUUACCAAGGACGUAAGUGUUUGGUUGGUAUAAGGCAUGGGAUAAUUUGAAGAAAACAUUAUCCCACAUGUGAUACCUGGAUUAGCUAUAUUUACCAUUUGUUUCUUGUCUGCUACGAUCAUAUUUUUCACAUUGGAAAAACUCCGAUCGUGGCUGAAAAUUUAGGACUGCGUGCGGAUGAUUGUGUGGGGGUGAAUGUGUCUGUGAUUUCCUAUAUGCCUGAAUAUAUUGUGCUGAGACCGUGGAAUGCAAGGGAUGAGUUAUUUAUGCUUUAAUAUUGUGUGAAUAACACUCUAAAUGUAGAGUGGAGACCUUGGUGAGAGUGUGUGUAAAUUCUUGCUAUGUUCAGUGUUUUGAGAGGAUGCGGUCUCCCAUGUACAGAUAAUGUUUGUAAAUAUAGACCACUCGGCUCCGACAUAGGCGCCAUCUAUCCUUUAAUACCCUGUGUAAUUAUAUGAUUAAAAUCAGUUAGAUUUGUUGUCUUGUAAUUUUGAAUGAAAUACCUAUUUUUACCUAUCAUUUCCGACUGUCGAGUUGCGUGAUGUCAAGCCUGACUAUCUUGAUUGAGUUUCCAUGUCAUCCGUCCCUACACACAGCAUCAAAAAUGAUCAAAGUUGUUGUUAGGAUUUUGAAUCCAAGCCAACCCCCGGCCUAACAUAGCCUUUUACGGACGAUUUUUGUACGAUUUUCAGCCCUCUAAUAUUCCUAUUGUGUAACGAAGAAAAACUAUUAUAUCUGCCGACAUGCUCUGAGUUGAUUUGAUUUUGAUAGACGCGUAUACUAAUUUCUAAUUA